AGUAAACAUGGACGACCUUCCAGACGAGAUUGUCUCAAAUAUUCUUGAAUAUCUCGAUCCUGUUACUAAGUUAAGGAUAUCGCUUAUAAAUAGAAGGUUUUAUGAGAUCGCUAGAGACCCUCUGAUACAUAGGUAUGCUACUUUUAAGACUUGGGAAUUUCUUCCAGAGAAGGUUAUAGCUACUUACCUUAAACUGUACGGUUCCUCAAUUAGGUCGUUAGAUCUACAAGAUUGCUACUGGUUAGGUCUCUCUUUCAUGCCUGUCAUCCUGCAGUCCUGCUCAAAUUUGACUAAUCUUAAUCUAAUAGGCUCUGUAGAGGUCCCUAUCAAUGCCGUUGCAACGAUAUUCAAACACAAUAGAAACCUAAAGCAUUUUGGAUGGACAAUUGGACUAGAUAUAUUGGCAAAAAUGAAAAAUAUUAAUUCUGGGCCUGGUAGGCAAGCUCUUGAGCAAGURAAUGGCAUUGCAGUUUUAUUUGAAAGAUUGAUAUCACUCAAGCUGGGAUUGAUGGUGUACUCAGCAAUUUCGUACAGAGAUGGAUUUGAACCAGAGGCRACAAUGUUCACACAUAUUCUGUCAAGAAUAAUUUCACCUAAACUGCAAGCACUUACUUUGACUUGUCUUGAUAGAGGAUAUUUUAUGCAGCAUCCAAAACAAUCUAGAGUGCUCAUUGAUCUGAAUGUAAGGCUUGGAAAGUUGGACAGUAGCACYGGUUCUGUCAUGGAUUUGAAAAAUCAUUUUGCAAAGACAAGGCAGGAGUUGGCUAUUGCUGCUAUCACUAAACAUGAUGGGAUAAUAAAAGGAUGGCUAAAAYAUAUCAUUAGCAAUAAAACAUAUACUAUCAAAUCCCUUGAAACUCCUGGAAAUCCAUUUCUAAAUUAUUGGAUUCCAUURCUUGGAAAUGGUCUAUCAUAUUGUGAGAUCGAGGACAUCAAGACCCUGGACAUCAACUCAUCACAUGACGUUCCRAUAUAUUGGAUGAUAUCUGUUCUAAGAGCAAAUUCACUAACAUUCUUAAACGUAUCCAAUAUGGAAUGUGUCACAGGGUACCUUCUUGAGAUUCUAUCAGAAUCAUCUCCUUGUUUAGAAAGCUUAAAUGUCCAGGGAUGUCAUGACAGUUUGGAUCCAAUUGGGGGUCUAAGGUUGAUAGCUAAACGCUGUCUGCAUCUUCAUCACCUCAAUCUUGGUCGUAUCCAUCAUCACUCAUCAGGACCAAGUAAUGACUUACUUGAAAUUCUAUCAAGCAUAAMAUACCUAAAAACUGUCAGUCUGUCGGGAUGCAGCAUCAUUCCAUGUACCCUGGAACAAGAUGAAGAAACAUUGUCAGACACUGAGACUAUUAAGUAUGAUGGCRAGGAUGAUGAUGAUGACAAUGAUGAYRAYACAGUUGAUGAUUACUAYGCAGAUAAUGACAAUAGAAAGACUGAUGAUGAUAGUGAUGACAUCCAUGAUGACAAUUGGCAAUGUAACCUUCAAAAACAUCACUGCUUGCAAACCGUUAUGGAAUCAUGCACAUUUCUGAGACAGAUAGAAAUAAUAAGUGUUGGAUUUCAUUCUGUUCUCAGGAAAGGCUGGCUGAUAAGUAGACCACCACCAGAGAGAUCACACCUUAUUUGGGAUUGYCCAGAUAAUGAAGGUCACUACUUAAAGGCUUUGGCUUUUUGUCCAUGUUUAGAAAAGCUCACCAUAGCUGGCUUAGAUGUYAGAGGUGGCCUUGAAUUUCUUUGCCAGAUAACAUCAUCAUGUAGAAAGCUGUACUUUUUGUCRCUUGCACAACUAAGAGGCUUAGAGAUGGCUGAUGCCCUGCCAAAUUUAAACAARGCACUGUCUAACUGCAGCAAUCUAAAGCACCUCAGAUUUGAACAGUCAUAUUUUGCUGUUCCUCAGUCUUUUACCAAGGCACUCUUUGAUGUGAAAAAUCUUGAAUCACUUUGUAUCAUCACCAAGGGUGGAAGUAUAGCAAUUUCAACAAUUCUGCCAUUGUUUGAAAAGUGUCGAAAGUUGAGAGUUCUACAAAUUUGUUCUGAUAUUUCAUCAUCUGAAGAAACCUUUCGCAAUCUCACAAACAUUCUUUACAAGAGAUAUUCAAGUGAAAGACCUGGUUUAGCAGUAUGUUUGUUUCCAUAUGACAGCAACACAAGAGACCUACACGACAAACUUUUCAAUCAUGCAUGUGAAAAUGGCUUUCCAUUGGUGCACUUGAAAAACUUGUCACUUUUCAGCUCUGAAGUUGCCACAAGGGCAUGUUAGUUUUAUUACAAUUUAACAGAGUAUAAUUAGACUAUUAUCUUUCAUUGAUGCAAAGUGCAAAGGUCCUCUUUAUAAAMACAUGAAUGAAUAAUAUAUGUUCAGCAUGUAAA